CACUUUUGGCAGAGCCCUCCCAGAUCGGCCACACGCGCCGCCAUGGAUCUCACCGCCAUCUACGAGAGCCUCCCGUCGCUGAGCCCUGACCUGGCAGGGACCCGCGGAGGCACGGAGUCCAGUCUGGGAUGGCCCUCCUGGGGACCCUGGAGCUCAUCGGAUUCCAGCCCUGCUGGGGUGGCCCCCCGUCUGCCCGGCCGCUCCACCAGCUUGGUGGAGGGCCGCGCCUGCGCCUGGGUGCCACCCCCCCCAGGCUUCGCACCCCUGGCUCCACGCCCAGGCCCUGAGCUGUCGCCCUCACCCACCUCGCCUACUGCAACCCCGGCCACCUCGUCCCGCUACAAGACUGAGCUGUGUCGGACCUUCUCGGAGAGUGGACGCUGUCGGUACGGGGCGAAGUGUCAGUUCGCACACGGCCUGAGUGAGCUGCGCCAGGCCAAUCGCCACCCCAAGUACAAGACAGAACUCUGCCACAAGUUCUACCUCCAGGGCCGCUGCCCGUACGGCUCGCGCUGCCACUUCAUCCACAACCCCAGCGAGGACCUGGCCACCCCUGGGCACCCCCACGUGCUGCGCCAGAGCAUCAGCUUCUCCGGCCUGCCCUCGGGCCGCCGAGCGUCACCACCACCGGCCGGCCUCCCAGGCCCUUCCCUGUCCUCCUACUCCUUCUCGCCCUCCAGCUCCCCGCCACCACCGCCUGGGGACCUUCCGCUCUCGCCCUCUGCCUUCUCUGCUGCCCCUGGGACCCCUGUGCCCCGAAGGGACCCCACCCCAACCUGUUGCCCCUCCUGUCGCAGAGCAACUCCCAGCCUCUGGGGGCCCUUGGGUGGCCUGGCUCGGAGCCCCUCUGCACACUCCCUGGGAUCCGACCCUGAUGAAUAUGCCAGCAGCGGCAGCAGCCUCGGGGGCUCUGACUCCCCCGUCUUCGAGGCGGGGGUUUUUGGGCCACCCCAGCCACUUGCAGCCUCCCGCCGACUCCCCAUCUUCAAUCGCAUCUCCGUUUCUGAGUGACAAGUGCCUGCCUAGUACAGAUCAGCUGGAUCACAAAGGGGAGCCAUUUCUCACGCUGUGGGCUCCACAUGGGCCCUGGGGCUGUGGGGAACUGGGGGAGCCCUAAACUUAAUCAAGUAGCCCCCCUCACCUUCCAAAAUGCAUUAACCCACUCGUCUGACCCUACCCUGGGGCAGGUCCCCAGUGUGCAAGCUGGACAGUGUUUAUGGUGUGGGGAUGGAGUGUUUGCUGGAUUCUUUAAAGACAAGAUGUAGCACAUUUGAGGGAGGCCGUGAGGCCCGCAUCUCUCCCCUGCCCAAAUCUGUGUCUUAGAACAUGUGCUGUGAAUAAUAGGCCCCCACUGCCCCCGCCCCACUUUCCCUAAGACCUGAGGUCCCAGCGUCUGGGGGUUAGUGGAGCCUCCCCCGAGGGGGAAUCCUGGUGCUCUAAUUUCUCUCCAAAAGCAAGUAGCCAAAGCCGUUGCCACCCUCCCCCCAAGCCAAUGGGCCUUUUAUUUAUGACGACUUUAUUUAUUCUAAUAGAUUUUAUAGUAUUUAUAUAUAUUGGGUCGUCUGCUCCCCCUUGUAUUUUUCUUCCUCCUUCGUAAUAUUGGAAAUAAUGGAAUAAUUAUUGUUAUAAAUAUACUAUAAUAAUAUAUUAAUAUAUAUAUUGUUACCUACAAAGUCUAUUUUUGUGUUUUUUUGGAAUUUUUGAAUAAAAAGAAUCAACGUCUGGACUGGAAUCAUGACUUUUCUACCGUCUGAAGGGAGUGAGGAACGGGAAGGAUGGUGUGGCCCUUUUUAGAAGCGGGGUAAAGUUAAAUGAGAGCUCCAAACUUCCCGGAGCCGAGCUGCCUGGGGCGCUUACCUGGCAGGAAGUGACGCCAUCGACCGACCGUUCACCUGAGGGGGCGGGGCCAGGUGAGAUCACCUGGUAGGAAUCGGGAGAGCCAGUUCCCGGGGCGUGGGGGACG